AUGAGACUCGUCAGAAAUAAAGCCGAGCGGGUGAAACACCAAGUUCUUCCUGGUGUGAGCAACGAAGAGACACUGAGUGUACCCGACUUGCUGCAGCCCCCGACCAUCUCUUUCACCCAGAGGUCGGCCGUGUUCCUGAAAGGACAGACGGUCACCAUCCGAUGCGAGGCUCCAGAGGAGUUUGAGGAUUGCAAGUUCACGCUGUACCGGGAGACCGAGCUCGGCGUCCUGGAGACCGCCGUCGCUGGCUACGCUGCCACCUUCAACCUGACCGACGUGGGGAAAGGAGACGAGGGAACCUACUUUUGUGCUUACCAGGCGUUCUCCUCCAACAGGCUGUGGGUCAACUCUUCCGCUAGCAACAGGGUCAACGUGACGGUGCACGACGAUGUGGAGCUCAGGCUGGUGCAGAAGGGCGGCAUCGGCGGCGUCGUCGUCGUCAGCGACUGCGAGGGCACGGCCGAGGUGCGGUACAACGGGACGUGGGGGAUGGCGUGCGGCGACAGCUGGAACAUGGCGGUGGCGCAGGUGGCGUGCCGCCACUUGGGCUGCGGAUUCGUCAGGACCUUCCAGCGGGUGGAGCGCUCGUCGGCCGUGCGCGAACAGGCCCAGCUCACCCACGUCCACUGCCUGGGCACCGAGCAGCUCCUGUGGAAGUGCCAGUCCCUGAGCUGGGGCGACGGCGCUUGUUACAGCGGAUUCCGGGUCGACAUUGCCUGCUCGGGUAAGACCGCGCCGCCACCCCCAGUUCAACGGCCGGGCGAACAAGGGGCCCCCUGA